UCAUGCAGACUGCAGCAGCAAUAAUUAUUAAGAAAUAUAACAGGAGUGUUUUCUUAAGAAUCCGACUGGUUCAUACCAGAGCAGAAAACCUGGAGAAUCUCCUUGUAUUGCAUCAGUGUCUACAGUACAAGUACCUCUUUAAAACAGCAGCCAUGUUUGUGUAGUCAUGUGUGAAUAAGGGACUUGUUGAGAAGAUGGUGAAGCGCUGGAUGGAGGUGAAGAUGUCUGGUGGAUGCUCGGCAGCUGUCUCAUCCUCCAUCCACAGCAAAUAAAUGAGUCAACAUGGCCGCGGAGAAGCUCUCCCUGUAGCAUCCAGAGGUGGAAAUUCAACAAAACACAGACUGAAUGGCGUUUAUGUCCCGGUUCUCUCGGUCCCGGAGCAGCUCCAGAUCUCCGAACCGCAAAGACUCGGAGCGCGCCUCCCCAAACCUGUCUGUGUCCGAGCUGGAGCGGCUCCUGUGCACUGGGAAAACCGCCUGCAACCAUGCGGAUGAAGUGUGGCCCCGGCUCUACAUCGGAGACCAAGACAUAGCAUCAGAUCGCCGUGAACUGGCCAAACUUGGCAUUACGCACAUCCUCAACUGCGCCCAGAGCAAGUGGCGCGGCGGGGCGGAGUACUACGCCGGGAUGAACAUCACCUACUACGGCAUCGAGGCUCACGACUCCCCCACCUUCGACAUGAGCGUCAACUUUUAUCCUGCUGCUGAGUUCAUCCACAAAGCCCUCACGAAUGGAGGUAAGGUGCUGGUCCACUGCACUGUGGGAGUGAGCCGUUCAGCCACUUUGGUGCUGGCCUACCUGAUGAUCAGACAGAACCUGACCCUAGUGGAGGCCAUUAAAACCGUCAAAGACCACAGAGGAGUCAUCCCCAACCGAGGUUUCCUCCGGCAGCUCAACGGCCUCGAUGGCAUCCUGAGGGAGAGCCGAAAAACCUCACCACAGAGCUGAGAGAGGGGCCCACUCAUGCACACCCUGAGGUAGCAGCUAAGUCUGGUUUCACUGAGGGAGACAAUGGCACCAAGACAGGAAAGGCCUGAGAACUUCAGACACCGUGGCCCUGAAGGGCAGGUGAUGGGGUGGGGGGGUUCAACCACUGACACUAGCACCAGUACCUCAGUUUACUCAUACUGCAUUCAGUGUUUGGCCUAUGAUAAAGCAUGAAUGAUAACAUGAAUGGGAAAACUCUGUAGUGAAACUCUUAAAGAUUCAAGGGCAGCAGCUCUUCAAAUACACAAACACAAGUACAGUAUCUACGGAACUCAGUGCACUGACAUAAUUCAUUCACAAAAUUAUAACUGACAGUUGGAUAGUAUUUGUUAGUCAUCAAUUUGGAGCAAUCUGUGGGUUCAGGACCAUCUAAGUGGUUAUAAUUUACUUUUAGGAAAAGUAAAAGAAUAGUAUAUUGCUCCAUGUUAGUAUUUACAAGCCUCUAAAGGAGCCCUGAAGUGAAUAAGUGCCGCACUUUGAUCAAACUGAAUUGCAGACAGAUAUUAAAAAAAUAAGUGACUGAACAGAACAUCCAAUCAUACAAACUCAAAACAGUGGGUCAUUCAUAUCUCAUAAUUGUACUUCAUAGCAUACUUCAGUCUGUCUCAUAGUAAGUCCUGUAUUUGUUUAUUCCAAACCCGAGCCAAGAUGGCCCUGACGACCCAGUGAACCACUGGUUUAGAAGACAUUUACUUAUUUACAUCAGUGUCUCUUCUUUCACAAGUUAACUUGUGCCACUUUUCAACCAAACUUCAGUCUAUUCCACUCAGCUUAAAGUUUAUUUUAUCACCACUGCAACAAAAUUUUCUGCAUAAGAGUUACAAUUAAAGCUUCAGUAGGCACUGGAUUUUUUUUUGUUUUUUUUUUUUUUGGGGGGGGGGGGUUCAUAAAUUAAUCUUUCAGGAUAAUGGAACUGAAGAGGUCUGAGAGGAAGUAGGUCUUUAAUGGAAGGUUCUGCCCAGAAAAACAGGUGAUUGACAGCUGAAAUGACCAAUCUCUGUUGAGAAUCCACCCAGUGUGGUUCUACUGUGCUGCUUUUUCUCAGAAGCAACAUCUGUAAUAUCACAGAUUUAGCUUCAGUCAAUAUGGAAAAGCUGUAGAAGGACCAUAUGUAUUUUCAAAUUAUGCUUCUGCCUACUGUAGCUUUAACACUUUCUGCAUACCUUUAAACAUUAACAGUGGCUGCUAAAACACAACAAGAAACCUUCAACUGGCUUUUUUUGUUCAGGAAAUAUCUGAAAAUAUUUCAGUAUACAGUGCAUACCAGAUCCCAAACUCAGAAAGGUCUUGAAAUGAGCAUAUAUAGUAAUUAAAUGACUCAAUCUCAUCACACAGACUUUCUCUUCUCAGCUGCAGUGUUAUAUCAGACAGCUGGGACCUCAGGGUUGGGAUUCAGGGGAAGGCACCAUACUGACACCUGACUAAACAUGGACUUUACUGUCUCUUCUGAUCAAAGUGAAGGUUCAUCCUGUAUCAUCAACGACCUCAGAACGAAGUCUUGCUCAGUGACUCUUCUCUGUAGUGAAAACCUUGCAGGUCUUCCCUCUACUUCUUGCAUUCUGUAAGUGUCAUCAAGUGCCCUGAAAAAGUCGCGUACUAGUUGUAGCCCAGGUUUAAACCAGCACAGUUAUGUAGCCUAUGAACCAGUAUUAUAACUAUUGUAACAAUCUGUGCACAGUCAUGAUCUGUGAAGAGUUUGUGAAUAGAGACUUACAGUGUAAAAUAUAAUUUUUGUUUAAAAUUGGGUGUUGAGUAAGUUCAGUGCAUUUCAGCCCCAUGUAUUUUAAAUAAUCACAGUCUUUCUGGACUUUUUAUGUAAUAUUUAUAUGUGAUGAUCUAAAAUUAAUCAAGUUCAUCUUACUCUAAAGAGGCUAUUACAUAACCUCCAGUCUGGUGUAUCACUUCAACUUUGCAGUGACUGUUAGUUAUCCAAAAUAGAAAAUUAAGGGAUAAUUUAAUAUGCCAGCACAACAGUUAUGUGGGGUUGACGUGCAGUGGGAGACUAUCACAAAUGUGCCAUUGCAAAUGCUACCAACUGCCGGGAUGAUAGGAGGGUUCACGGUACGCUGUGCUGCACGCAGGUCUUGCAGAAACCACCCCUAGGUGUAAAAGUGAGGCUUCAUUCUACUGAAAAACAACAGACAGUCCGAAGCGGAAAUUAAAACCAGCUUACUAAAUACCCUCGUGUUAAUGAUUACCUCAACUGUCAUGUUUGAAGCGUACUUUUUGUGACUUGUGCUCUUUGUCUGAGCUGUUUCAACACCAUCAUGAUAACUUACAGGUGAAAGGGGGACGGAGCGACAGAUUUUUGCUUAGCUUUAACACGGAAAAAGCUGAAUUUGUUUCUUGGUGCAGUCCCUUAAUAUAGAAAAGGAUUGUUUAGCAGUUUCUUCAAAUGCACUGAUUCAUUUUUCUGCCUAGAGUUAGAUGAUAUUCUAGGUAGUGCUCCCUGUCUGUGCAUUAAGUAUGACAUAUGCUGGAGCCAUAAAGCUGUUAUGCUGCCUGAUUCUAACUCUAUUUUUAACUCUUGGAUGAAGACGUAAAAGCAGGUGUAAUGGUACAUGUGUCUCUUACAUGUUAAUACUGACACAGUUCACUUGCUCCCAUUUUUCUCGCAGACUUAAACAGAAUCAGAAAAAAAAACAAAGUUAGUAUUAUGAGACGAUUUAAAGGAUCACCAUUAGACACAGAGGGAUACAAAAAAAAGUAAAAGCACAAAUUAACAUUUUUAUAUUGCUGGAAUAUAUGAGUAAAACACAACAUGAUAAGCAGAUGUAUGAAGAAUACUGUUCCUUCUUGGUUUAUGAGUUAAGAUAUUAGCCUCAUGGUUCCAUAGGCUACUAAGUCACUAUACUAACACAUUAUUUAAUACCUGAACUAUAUUUCCAUCAGAGCUUUGAUUAAAGCAAAGAGUCUGACACAGUCUGUUAUCAUUGUAUAAAAGUGAAUAAAUAUUUGGAUUACAUCUGGGUACUCGGGGACGGUAAUUUGAGUUUGAGGCUCCCCAUCGUACCCCAGGAUAUAUGAUAUUUAUCCUGCUUAAAAUAGACACGUUUUGUAUUAUAUUUGAAGAGAAAAGUGAAAGUAUGAAGUCUGUCCAGUGUGUUCAUCAAAACACCUCCUGUGUUACAUUUUGUGCCAGUACAACAGAGCCUUCCUUCACAUCUCUGUUCCAUGUCAAAAUGUCCUAACUGUCAGAGGCACUUACAGAAAAAAAAAAAAA